AGGAAGGAAGGGGGGGUGUCAUGGCGACGAAUAUUGAGCAGAUCCUUCGGUCCUUUGUGGUCAGCAAAUUCCGGGAGAUCCAGGAGGAGCAGCAGCAGCAGCACGGCGGUGCAAACGUGGAAGGGCAGCCCAAUGGUGACACGAUCCCAGCUGAGCAGGCCGGGCCCUCCGAAGCCUCUGGAGCUGCUGGGAGUUGUCAGAGUGAGCAGAUAGUGCAGAAAAUAGAGGAAGUGCUCUCCGGAGCCCUCGGGACAGAGCUGCAGUGCAACCCAGAUGUAGACAAAAAUACUGUGAAAAAUAGUACUCAGUCUACAAAAAGGAGCUCUACAGGUGAAGAUGAAAUUCCUAGAAAAAAAGCAAAGAAAAACAAGAAGCACAAAAGCAAGAAGAAGAAGAAAAAGAAGAAGAAAAGGAAGAAAGAGAAGAAGCAUAAAAAGCAACCAAAGGAAUCCAAGUUGAGUGCGCGCCCCGGAGAGCCUGCAGGCGUGCAGCCAGCCCCUCCCUUGGUGCCAGAGCAGUCCAGCUCCCAGGUGAAUGUACAGCAAGGAGUGUUUGCAGAGGCAAACCUGGUGCAGCCAGAACUGUGCUCCAAACCUGCUGAGGGGCUUGAUAAUCAAGCUUUAGGACUUGUUUCGCAUUCAGUGACUGAUUCUCAACAAUCUGCAGAAAAUCUUCCAAGUGGGGAGGGGACUUUGUGUUCAGCAAAUCCUCCAUUUAAUUUAGCAAGCAUCCAGUCUAAUAUCCCAGAAAAUACUAGUAUAGCUCAAACUAGAAUUUGCACUAGCGAAGAACAAAUUCAGCAGUCACAUGAAAAUAUUUAUCCUGUAGCUAUUAAUGCCAGUGUUGUUGAUACUGGAAAUAAUACUUGGUCCAGCAUCCCAUCUGGAAUUGUCAAUAAAUCAGAGAUUCAGAAAGAUUCAGUAGAAGCACUGGGAGGUACAGAAGUCACUCUUAAAUCUCAAGGCAUUGGGGAAGUAAAAGCUUCGGACGCAGCUCUGGAGCCUGAGACCAUGGAGGUGUUGACUUACUCGGAAGUGUCUCAUCAGUCUGUGUCUCACAGGGCAGCACAGGGGUUAGGAACAGCUUCAGAAUCCGUGUCCCUGGCAAGUGGUGUGACAACAACCCCUACACCUGCAAAUUGGGCACAUCCAGGUGCUGUGACUGUAGCUCACAUGGUUGUGGCUGGGCAAGAAGUGAAAAUUCCAGAAACAACUGAAAAAUCUCUACAUGUGGGAAAUGUGACAAGUGUGGAGAGACCUUUGGAACUGGGGGGUGCGAGCAGAACGUUGGAGCCAUCCCUGCAGCCCUCAAUAAUGUCUGGGAGUUUGAGCAUGACCCAGGGCAGCCCUUUGGAGGCUUCCAGUGUUCUGAAAGCAGGCGUACCUUUGCAACAUCCUGUGACAGUAUCUGCAGCCACCCCUGUGACCCACGUGGAAAUAAGUGCCAAAACACCUCCAGGACCAGGAGCUGUUACAAAAAUGAAGGAUAUGGAACCUGCUGUGGGGAGUGUGAAAGCUUUAGAAACAACCAUAGAGCCUGUUGUAGCAAAAGAUGUUAGAGCAGCUCAUGAGAGUCUGCAAGGCAGAAGUGUGGAAGGAACCACUGGUUAUGCAACAGCAGUGGGUGCAUCAGGAGUGUUCCUACAGCAUGGAGUCUUGGCAGAAACAAGGAGUGUGGACAGAACCCAGGGAUCUGCACUUCCAGCAGGAUUGACAGGUAUGAACGUGGUUGCAGAGACAAGAGGAUUAGGAGCAACUUCAGAACCUGCAGCAGUUGUACAGAGCUUCAUUCCCCAAACAGCUCCACAAGUCCACAUGGCAGAGGGUUUUAGAAGUCCACGAGCAAAAGAUCCAGAAGGUACUUCAUUGCUGAGAGAAUCAAGACCUGAGAGUGAAUCACAUGUGAGAGGUUUGGCACCUUCCCUGUCUUUGCAGAAGGAAAACACACAAGGUCUAGGAGGAGUCCUGAGACCAGUGGCUGGGGUGGAAGCAAAACCUUUCACAACAGCUUCAAUGUCCUUACAAGUAGAAGGUGUGAAAGCUUCAGAAGAAGCUGUGCAUUGUGGGACUGUUGCAAGUCCAGGACUUCCUGCCUUAGAAAGGACUCCUGAACCUGUGGUUGCAUGUGAAAGUGUGGAACCAGUUAGAGAAGCUGAGGCAUCAGCAGGGGUGAUGCCAUGGCAAGCCACAGCAGAGAGAGAACCUCUCCAUGCAAGCCAGACACAGAGUUCCAUCACUGCACAGUCACAGAUCAUGGCACACACAGGACCCUCACACACUGAGGUGCUGAGGAAGAGAAGGGAUUCGGAACACGUUCCAGAAGCAGACACAAGGAGCAGAGAAGCAAUCCUAGGAACUGUGCAAACUUCAGAAACCAGUUCAAAAUCUAUUCAGGAACAAAGAGUAGGUCAUUCAGCAGCAGUGUUGGAGUCUUUGCCCAGAGUGGAAGAAAACAGUAUGGCGUCAGGAGUACUGACAGAUAUGCAAACUCAGGGAUCUACUGUAGAACAUGAAAUUGCAGCAAGGAGGACCAGCACACAAGGAAAUGAGCUCUCAGAAAUGGAGAAAGCAAAAUAUCUGGAACCAUCAUCAGAAGCUGGAGGAACGAGGUGGUUAGAGAGAACAACAGAGUCUGCUACAGUAGAGGUGAAAGGUUCUGAAACAGGUGAAAAGCUUGAGGUACCCAUGGGUGAUGCUUCAGCAGCUGUUCCAGAAUACUUGCAUGCUGAAAAGCAACAAGAUCUUCAAGUAGUUCUAGAAGCAAAACCUGCUGCAGAAUGGAAGAGUUCAGAAGAGGCUCCAGAAAUCUUGGGUGUUUCUGAAAUAAAAUCUUCUGAAGCAGUUCCAAAACCAGGGGAUGUGAAAGGCCAGGAAACCACACUGGAACAUGAAGUGACAGCCGAGGUACAAUAUGUAGAAGGAGUACAGGGUCAACAGGUGGAGGAUAUGGUGAUUGAGAAGGAAGAUGCAGAAGAGACUCAAACAUCUGAGCCUUCAGUAGCAGAAACAGUUUUAAGUUCUUCACAUGCAGCAGAGGAAAAGGUUUCAGCAGGAACUCCUGUAGCAGAAACACAAGAUUUGGAAACAGCUCCUCGUACUGAUGUAGAGCUGAAAGAUGCAGAAGCAGCUGCAGGGUUGGAGGCAGAGACAAAAGACUUGGAAGCAGGUCCAGCACCUGAGACUGAUGCAGAAGCAGGUCCAGAACUUAUAGAGGAAGGCCAGUUGGAAGACACUCCAGAGGCUGAGGAUGUCAAAGAAGCAACUCCUGAAGAGGACUCAGAGAAAAGAGACUCAGAAACAUCUGAUGUGCAGCCUGAUGUGGCAGCACGAAUGAAGGAGACUCUCAUGAGGCUUGAGAAUGUUGUUGAAAAAAGUAGUCAUAGAACCAGUGAGAAAAAACAUGAUUCAAAGAAACAGAAAAGGAGCCGUUCCAAGUCUCAGUCCAGGUCUAGGAAGCGGAAGAAAAAAUCAAGGUCACGUUCCACUUCCAGGCGUUUGACCUCUAAAAGAGCGCGUUCUAGGAGCAGAAACUAUUCAGUUUCCAGAAAAAAGCAUUCCAAAUCUAGGUCCCGCUCUGUGGAGAAGAGAGAGAGAAGAUUGUCUUCCCGGCGGUCCAGGCGCAGACAUUCUAGGUCAUCUGACCGUUACAGGUCUAAAUCCAGAUCAGCAGAAAAGAGAUUGUCCAGACGGAGACGUUCCAGGUCGUCUGACCACUACAGGUCUAAAUCCAGGUCAGUGGAGAAGCGGCUGUCCUCCCGAAGGUCCAGACGCAGACGCUCCAGGUCAUCUGACCGCUACAGAUCCAAGUCCAGGUCCGUGGAGAAGCGGCUGUCCUCCCGAAGAUCUGGGCGCAGACGUUCCAGGUCUUCCGACCGCUACAGGUCUAAGUCACGGUCAGCGGAGAAGCGAUUGUCUUCCCGAAGGUCUGGGCGCAGACGUUCCAGGUCCUCUGACCGCUACAGAUCCAAGUCCAGGUCAGCAGAGAAGCGAUUGUCCUCCCGACGGUCCGGGCGGAGACGUUCCAGGUCUUCCGACCGCUACAGAUCCAAGUCCAGGUCAGUGGAGAAGCGAUUGUCCUCCCGAAGAUCCGGGCGCAGACGUUCCAGGUCGUCUGACCGCUACAGGUCUAAGUCACGGUCAGCGGAAAAGAGGUUGUCCUCCUGGCGAUCCCGCCGCAGACAUUCCAGGUCCUCCGACCGUUCAAAAUCUAGAUCCAGGUCUUCAGAAAAGGGAGGAGGCAAAGAGUACUCCUGGAGGUUCAGGAAUCGGUCUGGUUCCUCUGAUGGUUCAAAAUCCAGGUCAAGAUCUGUUGAGAAAAGAGGUCGGAAGGCGUCUGUGCGGAGGUCCAAACGUCAGCGCUCAAAGUCCUCGGAUCGCUACAAGUCUCGGUCCCGGUCAGUAGAAAAAAGGGAUCGAAAGCAAUCGUCGCGGAAGUCUAAACGUCAGCGCUCCAAGUCCUCUGACCGCUACAAGUCUAGAUCCAAAUCUGUGGAAAAAAAGAAGGAAUCCUCACGAAAAUCCAAGCGUCGACGCUCAAAAUCUUCUGAGCGUUACAAGUCUAGGUCUAGGUCUGUGGAAAAAAAGCGCAAGGAGUCUUCAAAAAAAUCCAAACGGAAACGUUCCAAGUCCUCUGACAGUGUUAAGUCAAGGUCCAAAUCUGUAGAAAAAAAGGAUAAGUCAUCCUCAGCAAAAUCCAGUAGCAAGCAUGAGUCUUCUGAACUUCAGGAGUCAGCCAAAGGUCUUGAUGAAGAUGUUCCUCAGUCUUCUUUUGGAAGUGACGAUAAAUCCUCUAAUGGUCCCACAUCAGUGGCUUUGUCUGAUGGAGUAAACGGCCCAGUGCUGCCACCAUCAUUUGGAAGUGGAUUAUCCAAAACUUCAGAGAGCCUUGAGGAAAGGUCCUCAUCUGUUGAAAAAACAGCAGAUCUGCAGCAUUCUACCACAUCUGAAUUUGAUACUUCCAAAACCCCAGAUGACCAGGAACUGAGAUCCACAUCUGUGGAAAAAACACAGGAUUCAGAGCUGUCUGUGACAUCUGAAAAUGGAUCAACUGAAAAAGCAGCAGCUCUGGAGUCUUCAUUGCUACCUGAACUUCCAUACUCCACAUCCAAGUCAAGAUCCUCAUCUGUUGAAAAAGGAGGAGAUCUAGAAACUUCUUCAGUAGCAGAAUUUCAUGUCUCUGCAUCCCGUGAAGGUGAGUCCAGAACUGCACCUCUCAAAGAAGUAGAAGGUCCAGAGCUUCCUCCAGCACUAAAAAGAGAGAUGGAACUUCGGUCAGCUCUCCUGUCCGAAGGUGGAGUCUCCAACUUGUCUGAUGGUCACGAUUCGCAGCAUAUCCCUGGUGAGCACAAAGAGCUCUCACAGGUUCUGCAGGUACCUGAACGUGAGUCUUCCCAGCUGGCUGACAGCCCUGGAGCAGUGGAAGCUCAGAGGCCUUUCCUGCCACCUGAGAUGAUCCGCCCUGUGAUCCCUGAUGGCUGUGAGUCAGGCCAGACGCAGGAGCCUUCUCUGGCUUCUGACGGUGGACAUUUUGUGUCUCCUGAUGGACAUGGAUCAGGAUCCAGCUUCGCUGCACCAAUGGAGGCGCAUCCAUUGUCUGUAGGCGAGUCUUUUAAGUCACCACAUGGAAAUGAACAAAGAUUUUUAUCUGUAGAAAAAGUCAAGACUCCAGAUGUUUCCCUGACAUCUGUGUGUGGUUCUGUUGAGGUGUCUGCUGACAUCAUUUCAGUGUCUUCUUUUGAAGUUCAUGAGUCCAGACCAUCUGUUGACAAAGCUUUAGAUGGUCCAACGCUUCCACAAGUGCUUGAGGUUGACUGCUCCAGAUCUUCAGAAAUGCACGAAUCAAGAUACCUGACUGCAGGAAUAGACGGUGCAGGAUCUUUGGUGAUGUCUAAAAGUGGGAUUCCCAUAUGCCACGAUGGCCACAAAGCAAAGUACAACUCCUUUGAGCAAACUGAGAGUGCAGACCUGUCCGUGGCAUCUGAGCUCCGGUGUUCCAUCUUACCUGAAGGCUAUAAAUUGGCAUCUGCUGCAGUUGAAAAAGUGGAGAUCCAGAAGCCUCUCUCACUGGAAAGUGGCUUCUCUGUGUCUGCUGACGGCUGUGAAUCAGUGGGCACACCUGAAAAACUACAGCCCCCAGUGGCUGCUGUGCCAUCAGAAGGUGGGGUUCUGCUGUUGCCUGACAGUCAUGAGCAGAGACCUGUCCCUGCAGAGAAAGCAGAAAUGCUGAAUUCAUCUGAGCUGAAACACCUGGCAUCCCCUGAUGGCUACAAGCUGAGAUCUGCCUGCAGUGAAGAAGUGCAGGAGCCCAUUCUGGUACGGGAACGCAGGUGUUCUGUUGCCUCCGAUGGUCAUGAGUUGUCAUCCACCACUUCUGAAAGAGCUGAGGAGCCUUCUCAAGUGACUGAAAAUGAGUACACAGUAGGGCUUGAUGGCCCGGAGUUGACAUCAACCCCUGCUGAAAAAACGGAGCUGAGGAAGCUUUAUCAGAUGCCUGAAGAAAGAUGUCUGGAGUCCAUCGACAGCCAGGACCUGCAGUCACCCUCUGCUGAAGAGACACAGAUACAACAGCCUGCUCUGGUGUCUGAAAAUGAUCAUGCCGUGUCCUGGGUGGGCCAGGAGUUGAGGUCCAGCUCUCCUGAGAAGGCAGAGAUGCAGGAGGAGGCUGUGGUUCCGGAACCAGAAGUGCAGGAGCGUUCUCUGCUGCCUGAAAGUGAAUAUAGCGAGUCUCCUGAGGGCCAGGAGGUGGCUGAGGCCAGCCCUGCUGAGAAGGACCUGCAAGAACCUUCUCUGACACCUGGCAGUGAAUGUUCCAUCUUCCAUCAAGGCCAGAUACUGCAGUGUGGCCCCACCAAAAGCACAGCAGUGCAGCAGCCAGUGCUGGUCCACUAUGCUGUAUCUCCCGAGGGGCAGGAGGUGCAGGACUGUUCUGUGCUGUCUGAAAACGAAUACGAGGCAUCCCCCAAAAGGCAUCACUUGGGAUCCAGUCCUGUUGAAAAAGAACUGGAGGAACAUUCUGAAGCAUCUGAAAGUGAAAGUUCAAUGUCCAGUGAUAGCCAGGAGUUGCAGCCUGCUGUUGCUGGAAAAACAGAGGGGCCGGAGUUGUCCUUGUCUGAAGGAGAGUGUUCCAUGACUCCUGAAGGUCAGGAGCUGCAGUCCAGCCCUGCUGAAAGAGUUCUAGCCAAGGAACCUUCUCUGACAUCUGAACAUGCUCUGUCACCUGAAGAACGCGAGUCAAGAUUGGAGCGUGCUGAGGAAGCAGAAGGUGUGGAUUCUACUGUGGCAGCUGAACGUGACCAUCUCUUUUUUGAGAGCCAGGAGGUGAGUUUCACCUCUCUUCAGAAAGCAGAUGUGCGGGACCAGUCUCCAACACCUGAAGAUGAACAUGGAGCAUCUCUUGAUGGGCAGGAGUUGAGAUUCACCACUGUUGAAAAAGUAGAUGGUCUUGAACCAUUGAGAGUGAAUGAUAGAGCCUCCAUGUCCCCUGAUGGCAGCGACUUGAAUUCCAUCCCUGCCGAAAAAAUGGAUCGUGCAAUGCCUUCUUUAUUGCCUGAAGGACGCUCAGUGUCUCCUGAUAACUGCAGUGUGGGCCCUGGAGAAGAAACGGGGGAUCUGGAGCCCUCUGUGAGAUCUGAGCGUAGAGACUCCACAUCCUCCUGUCAAGAAGGUCGUGAGCCAAGGUCUCCCAUGGAGGAAGAGGGUCUGGAGUCCUCUGUGACUUCUGAACAUAGACAAUCCCUGUCCCCUGAGGGCCAUGACCAGAAGUCUAUUGCAGAUGAAGAAAUGGAUGAUCUGGAGAGGCGUUCCACUUCCCCUGAUGAGCACGAGUCAAGAUCUAGCACUGGUGAAGAAGCAGAGGAUCUGGAGCAGCCUUUGACAACAGAACGUAGGUGCUCUGAGUCCUCUGAUGAGCACGAGUCAAGGUCAACCAUUGGAGAAGAGGCAGAGGACGCAGGGACCUCCUUGGCAGCUGAAAGAAGAGAUUCCGUAUCCUCUGAUGACCGUGAGUCGAGGUCUGCUGCUGGGGAAGAUGUAGAAGAUGGGGAGCCCUCCUUGACAGCUGAACGUAGACACUCCACAUCUUCUGAUGACCACGAGUCAAGGUCUUCAGCUGAUGAGGAAGCAGAGGAUGUGACAGCUGAUCGUCGCUCUGUGUCUCCUGAUGGACGUGAGUCAAGGUCCACCGUUGGUGAGGAAGCAGAGGACCAGGAGCUCUCAUUGACAGCUGAGCGUAGACACUCCACGUCUUCAGAUGAACAGGAGUCAAGGUCUACUGCUGGUGAAGAUGCAGAGGAUGUGGAACCCUCCUCGGCAGCUGAACAAAGAGAUUCCACCUCCUCAGACGAGCAAGAGUCAAGGUCUACUGCCGGUGAAGAAGCUGAGGAUGCGGAACCUCUGACAGCUGAACACAGGCGUUCCGCAUCCCCUGAUGGGGCUGAAUCGAGGUCUACCACUGCUGAAGAGGAAGGAGAGGAUGCAGAGCCCUCCUUGACAGCUGAACAAAGAGAGUCCACCUCGUCAGAUGAGCAUGAGUCAGAGUCUUCCAGUGGUGAAGAGGAGGGAGAGGAGGCAGAACCCUCUUUGGCAGACGAGGAAAAGCAGGAUUCCGUGCCUCUUGAGCAGUCAGAGGGACAGGACUCUUCCUUUGUCCCUGAAAGCAGACGUUCUGAGUCUUCCGAGCGUGAAAAAUCCAGAUCUAAAUCUGUUGAUAAAGCAUCUGACAAGGAGUCUCCACAGAGAUCUGUAAGCAGGCACUCAAAGUCUCCUGCUCACCAAAAGAGUCGAUCCACAUCUGUGGAGAAAACAGCAGACAAGGAGUCCGUGCGGAGGUACAGACGGAGACGCUCCAGGUCCACGGCUCGCCAGAGGAGCCAGUCAACCUCUGUGGAGAAAACAGCAGACAAGGAGUCCUCACGCAGGUCCAGGCGGAGACGCUCCAGGUCUGCUGCUCGCCAGAGGAGCCAGUCCAAGUCUGUGGAGAAGGCAGCAGACAAGGAGUCCUCGCGCAGGUCCAGGAGCCGGCGCUCCAGGUCCUCCCAGCGCAGGUCCAAGCGAUACGACGCGGACUCGCGCUCCAGGCGGAAUCGCUCCAGGUCAGCCACUCGGAGAAGAGCGUCCCGGUCUCGCUCCAGCUCCCUGUCACGUUCCAGGCACAGGAGGAGAAGCAGGUCGAGGUCGGCGUCACGAAGGCGGCGUUCCUUGUCCAGAGACAGGCGCAAGAGGUCUCAGAGAAACAGGUCGAGGUCCACUGACAGGAGGAGGAGAAGAUCGGACUCCCGGGACCGCAGGAUCUCGCUGCGGUUGCGGAGCAGGAGCCGGACCCCUCUGCGGCAGCGGCGCUCGCGCUCCAGGGGCAGGAGGAGGAGCUCCAGCCGCUCCCCGAUCCGGCUGCGGCGCUCGCGCUCCUCGGGCAGGAGGCGCUACAGCAGAUCCCCCGACCGGCGCCGCUCCCGCUCCUCCGAGUUCUCCAGCAGGUCACCCAAACGCCUCACAGACCUGGACAAGGCGCAGCUCCUGGAGAUCGCCAAGGCCAACGCAGCCGCCAUGUGUGCGAAGUCCGGCGUGCCCCUGCCCCCCAGCCUGAUGCCUCUGCUGUCCCAGAAGAAGGAUGACAAAGCCAACCAGAAGUCCUCGAGGGACACCUUGAAGGAGCUCACUGAGAAAUGCAAGAAGAUUGCUCAGAGCACUGAUGAUGUGAUAGUGAACAAGCCUCACGUUUCUGAUGAGGAGGAGGAGGAACGUCCUUUCUAUAACCAUCCUUUCAAGCUGAGUGAACCCAAACCUAUUUUCUUCAAUUUAAGUACUCCCAGCAUAAAACCAGCACCACCACCCCAACCAAAAAACCAGGUCAGCCUGUCCAAGGAGUUCCCUGUGUCCUCUGGGUCUCAGCAUAGGAAGAAGGAGGCAGACAGUGUGUAUGGAGAGUGGGUUCCCGUGGACAAGAACGGCAAGGACGACGGCAAGGACGACGUUUUCCCCAAGCCAGCCAUUGAGUGUGUGGACAUAACCACAGCCAUGAACGACAGAGCAGUGGCCCAGAAGAGGCUCAAUGAGAACUCCUUUGACCUGGAGGCCAUGUGCAUGCUGAACCGGGCACAGGAGCAGAUCGAUGCCUGGGCUCAGUCCAACUCCAUCCCCGGGCAGUUCACGGGCAGCACCGGCGCGCAGAUCCUGUCCUCGGACGAGCUCACCAACAGCGGCCCCCAGGCGUGGAUCCGAAAGGAUCAGUUCUUAAGAGCAGCCCCUGUGACUGGAGGAAUGGGAGCUCAGCUGAUGAGGAAGAUGGGCUGGAGAGAAGGAGAAGGCCUUGGGAAGAACAAGGAAGGCAGCGUUGAGCCCAUCAUGGUGGACUUUAAGACAGAUCGAAAGGGGCUGGUUGCUGUGGGAGAGAAGGCCCAGAAGAGGUCCGGCCAUUACGUGGUGAUGAAGGAUCUCUCAGGGAAGCACCCGGUGUCUGCGCUGAUGGAGAUCUGCAACAAGAGGAGGUGGACGCCGCCCGAGUUCGUGCUGGUGGACGACAGUGGGCCUGAUCACCGCAAGCAUUUCAUCUUCAAGGUGAGAGUCAAUGGCAACGAGUACAGGCCCACCUUUGCCAGCCUUAACAAGAAGCACGCGAAAGCCACGGCGGCCACGGCGGCGCUGCAGGCCAUGGGACUCGUACCAAAGGAAAGCAUGGUCAAUACCACCAUGUUCAGGAGUGCCUCACACCGCUAAGCUUGGCUUUACUGGGACACUGGUUCUGAGCAUUUUACUCUGCACAACAAAUGGUAUUUGCCCCUCUCAUGUUGUAAAUACAUCGGCGAUUCCCACCUUGUAAAAACUGUACAGACGCCCGCAGGUUUUUUCUUUUGUACCAUCCAAAUGUAUUUAAAUCAUACUUAGUUUUUGGUAUGUUUAUAUUGUUUACAUUAGUGAUGUAAUUAUUUCUUAAACGACUAAAUCGGAUGACAGACUCUGGAGGCAUCAGAAAUCCAGACCCUUGGCUGAAGCUCCUGCAGUUCCUCUCCUGUCAGAGCGUUGACCCUUUCUUUGAUACAGUUUUGUAGUGGCUGCAGAGUCCCCUGGGCUCGGGGGUGCUGGGGACACCCUGGGGCCCUGCCCGGGCGCUGCCCCUCGGUGCCACCCCAGGACAGCCGGGGGGACACGGCCUGGCCCAGCCUCCCGGGGGGCUGCAAUUCCCAACCAGUGAAUCCACUGCCUGAUGCUGAUUGUACGGAUUUGUGGUUCAUGUGAAUUUUAAACUCUUUAACAAAUCUACAACUGGAUUUGGGGGGAGGGAGGGGGUAGAAUGACGCUUCAAUUGUUGUACCCAACUUGGUCAAUAAAGCAGCACAAGUUCAUAAUCUUCA